GACGGAGUAGAGACACAGUCGGCUUCAAACCUACGAUGAUGACGGUAAAAUUGAGAACGCUGGUAAUACUUCUGCUGGUGGCAGUUUUCUCCACAUCAGUUCAGGGUGGUGACAAUGAGUGUGAAGAUGCUGGUGGGAAUUGUGUGAGCAAAGAGGAAUGUGAAGUUAAACCAUCUGCAGCAGACUGCCAGGAGGAAGAUGAAGUCUGCUGCAUUACUCCUUCAAGAAAUAAGAUAGAAAAAACGAAGCUCCACAUGCAAAAGUCUCAGAGGGAAAAGCAACAGCAGAGGAAGAGGAACAAUAAGAAAAUGGAGCCGAAAGAGAAGAAAGAGAAAAAUGAAGUGAAAUUGAGAGAUGGCAAAUAUGGUAAAAAGCCGAAAAAGAAGUCUUGCAAUGAAGUCGGAGGAGUAUGCUCCUCAAAGUGCUCUAACGGCAAGGUUAGAGGCGGCAAAUGCUCAGCCAGAGAAAAAUGCUGCAAGCCUAGUGGUGGUGGUGGUGACGGUGGCGGUGGUGGUGGUGAUAACGUAGGUCCAGCAGGUCCACCUGGUUCUCCAGGUGAAAAUGGUCAGCCAGGUAAACCUGGUCCUGCAGGCCAACCUGGUCAAGACGGAACUCCUGGCCUUCCCGGUUCUCCUGGUCCUACUGGUAAUCGUGGCCCUGCCGGUUUACCUGGCCCAGAUGGUGCUCCUGGUGUUGCAGGACCUGCAGGUCCUGUAGGUCCUGGAGGUCCUCCAGGUCCUACAGGUCCCGCUGGUUCCCCAGGUUUUAAAGGUGUUCCUGGAGAUAAAGGCCCUACAGGCGGGGUAGGUGGUAAAGGUGCUGUAGGUGAUAAAGGUAUGCCAGGUGAUACAGGUCCUGCAGGUCCGGUAGGUCCUACAGGCCCUGCAGGUCCUAAAGGUACUGCAGGUCCUGCAGGUCCUGCAGGUUCUAAAGGUAUGCCGGGUGAAACAGGACCUGUAGGUCCUGCAGGUGCUAAAGGUAUGACAGGUAAUACUGGUCCUACAGGUCCCACGGGUCCUGCAGGUGAUGAAGGCCCCGCUGGUGCUGCAGGUCCUACAGGUGAUAAAGGUUUAAAAGGAGAUAAAGGUUCUGCAGGUGAUGUAGGCCCUGCAGGUCCUAAUGGUACUGCAGGUCCUGCAGGUCCUGCAGGUGAUAAAGGUAUGGCAGGUAAUACAGGUCCUACAGGCCCUACAGGCCCUAAAGGUUCUGUUGGUGAUAAAGGCAUGACGGGAGAUAAAGGCAUGAAAGGAGAUAAUGGUGGUAAAGGCAUGCAAGGGGAUAAAGGUGAUAAAGGUGGUGUAGGUGAUAAAGGUGUGAAAGGUGAUAAAGGUGGCGUAGGUGAUAAAGGUGGUGUAGGUGAGAAAGGUGGUGUAGGUGAUAAAGGUGGUAAAGGUGAUAAAGGUGAUAAAGGCAUGAAGGGAGAUAAAGGAAUGAAAGGUGAUAAAGGUGUUAAUGGUGAUAAAGGUGAUAAAGGUGAUAAAGGUGAUAAAGGGGGUCAAGGUGACAAAGGUGAUAAAGGUGAAAAGGGUGAUAAGGGUGAUAAGGGUGAUAAAGGCAACCCAGGCCAAGGCAACGGCAACGGCCAGGGCAACGGUAACGGCCAGGGCAACGGUAACGGCCAGGGCAAUGGCAACGGCAACGGUAACGGCCAGGGCAACGGCAACGGACAGGGCAACGGUAACGGCCAGGGCAACGGUAACGGCCAGGGCAACGGCAAUGGCCAGGGCAACGGCAACGGCCAGGGCAACGGUAACGGCCAGGGCAAUGGCAACGGCAACGGUAACGGCCAGGGCAACGGCAACGGACAGGGCAACGGUAACGGCCAGGGCAACGGUAACGGCCAGAGCAACGGCAAUGGCCAGGGCAACGGCAACGGCCAGGGCAACGGUAACGGCCAGGGCAAUGGUAACGGCAACGGUAACGGCCAGGGCAACGGCAACGGCCAGGGCAACGGUAACGGCCAGGGCAAUGGCCAGCAACAGAGCUAGCAGUACGGUACUAAAGGUAGAAAAGGCAGUGAUGGUGUAUAUGAUUCUGUUAAAUAGGGAAUUAUCAGAUACCAAGUAUGAGGUGAAGAUCUGGUGGCCAAGGAGAAGACUGAAGUGCUGCUGUGGAAGACUUAGGCUGCAACAACCACGAUCACAUCUUUUCACACGACAGAGGACUCUGCAAUAUUCCUUCUUUAUCCUGUCAAGAGGCUCAUAACCUGUUAAAGUCCCUGCACCUGUUGAAGCCUUACCACAACCUGCCAUUGUUUAGACAAUCCCGCACACUACUGAAUCUUAUCCUUAUGCUGAAACAUAAACACUUUCUGAUGCAGUAAUGAACGAUGAACUACAACUCCUCCAAGAGUAAGAUAAUAACUCAAGUAAAUGACACCUGCUCAAACAGUACUACCGCGUGUUGACUAAUAAAGAUAAACGCCUGUUAUUUGUUGAUACUAUAACUUCCUUCCGUUGCAUUACUUUAUGUACCGGUAUUUAUUGGUGUAUGUAUAGUUGUUAGACUUUUGGUGUAUCAGCUCUGUGUAACUGGUGAUGUAUUAGAUGGUGUUCCAGGUGUUGUAUUGUUGAAUUUAUACCCUCUUGUUUUUGCUGGACCGCAAUAGGUAUAUUAGCUAAGCUAUUAGAGAGAAUAACAAAAUAUUUACUACAUUUCUACCUAUUAAUAAAAAUUAUUAUUACACCUCGUGUUAAUAUAAAUGCACUGCAAUUA